CGCGGCUCAGCGUCGCCCGCCGGCCCUCCUGGGGCCAUGGGGGCGCCCCCGGGCUACCGGCCCUCGGCCUGGGUGCACCUCCUGCACCAGCUGCCCCGCGCCGACUUCCAGCUGCGUCCGGUGCCCAGCGGCUUCGCGCCCCAGGAGCAGGAAUACCAGCAGGCCCUGAUGCUGGUGGCGGCCUUGGCUGGCCUGGGCCUGGGCCUCAGCCUCAUCUUUAUCGCUGUCUACCUCAUCCGCUUCUGCUGCUGCCGGCCCCCCGAGCCCCCUGGGGCCAAGAGCCCCCCACCCGGGGGAGGCUGCGUCACCUGGAGCUGCAUUGCUGCCCUCCUCGUCGGCUGCGCUGGCAUUGGCAUUGGUUUCUAUGGCAACAGCGAGACCAGUGAUGGGGUGUCGCAGCUCAGCUUGGCAUUGCUACACGCCAACCACACGCUCAGCACCAUUGACCACCUGGUGCUGGAGACGGUGGAAGGGCUGGGCGAGGCGGUGCGCGUGGAGCUGACCACCCUGGAGGAGGUGCUGGCAGCACGCACAGAGCUGGUGGCUGCUGCCCGGGGAGCUCGGCGUCAGGCAGAGGCAGUGGCCCAGCAUCUGCAGGGGCUUGCCUUCUGGCAGGGGGUGCCCCUGAGCCCCCUGCGGGUGGCCGAAGAGGUAUCCUCUGUGGAGGAGUACAGGUGGCUGGCGUACGUCCUCCUGCUACUCCUAGAGCUCCUUGUCUGCCUCUUCACCCUCCUGGGCCUGGCGAAGCAGAGCAAGUGGCUGGUGGUCGUGAUGACAGCGAUGAGUCUUCUGGUGCUUGUCCUCAGCUGGGGAUCCAUGGGCCUAGAGGCAGCCACAGCCGUGGGUCUCAGCGACUUCUGCUCCAACCCAGACACUUACAUCUUGAACCUGACCCAAGAGGAGACAGGGCUCAGCUCAGACAUCCUGAACUAUUAUUUCCUGUGCAGCCAGGCCAUCUCCAACCCCUUCCAGCAGAGGCUGACGCUGUCCCAGCGAGCUCUGGCCAACAUCCACUCCCAGCUGCAGGGCCUGGAGCGAGAAGCUGUCCCCCAGUUCCCAUCUGCGCAGAAGCCUCUGCUGUCCCUGGAGGAGACACUGAAUGUGACAGAGGGAAACUUCCACCAGCUGGUGGCACUGCUGCACUGCCGUGGCCUGCACAAGGACUACAGUGCAGCGCUGCGCGGCCUGUGUGAGGACGCUCUGGAGGGCCUGCUCUUCCUGCUGCUCUUCUCCCUCCUGUCUGCCGGGGCCCUGGCCACCGCCCUCUGCAGCCUGCCCCGCGCCUGGGCCCUCUUCGCGCCCAGUGACGACUACGAUGACACGGAGGACGAUGACCCUUUCAACCCUCAGGAAUCGAAGCGCUUUGUGCAGUGGCAGUCGUCUAUCUGAGCCCCUCCUCCUUGCCAGCCUGGAGCCUGCCUCCCCUCCUCAUUCCUUUCCUGGCUGCCAGAGGAGACCCCACUAACCCGGCCUGCCUGGGCUCUGACCACUAACACUCCUGGCCAUGGACACCCCGCACAGGACUGCCUCGUGCCCUGGCCCCCGUGCCCUCCAUCUCUCCUUAGCCCUGGAGGUUGCUGCAGGGGCUGAACAGGGACCAAGGCUGGCAGGGGAGGGGCACAGAGCCAGCCCCAAGCCCCUCACUGUCGGUCUCAUCCUUGGCGGAACUGAGCUGGGGCAGGGGCGUGUCUCUCUCUGCCCCUGCCACAUUCCAGUGGGUUCCGGCCCCAGAUCUGAACUUGUGGCACUAACUUGCAAAAGGGUUGAUACGAAAUAAAAGGGAAGUCUUUAUUUUAUGA